CCAGAAUUUCCAUCGCUAUCGUGGAGUUGCCACACUGUUCUUUGGUCAUAUUGUGCAAAUAAGAAUUUGAUAAAUUGAAAAACAAUUUAACAAUUUAAAAUAAAACAAAAGACAGCAUGGCCCACGACCGCGAGGUGUUGCGCAUGAUCUGGGAGGGUCAGAUUGGGAUAUGCUUUCAGGCAGAUCGAGAUGAAAUCGUGGGCAUCAAGCCGGAGCCAUUCUACUUAAUGAUAUCUCGAUUGAGUUAUUUGCCCCUAGUGACCGAUAAGGUGCGAAAGUACUUUUCACGCUACAUAUCCGCCGAGCAUCAGGAUGGAGCUGUAUGGUUCGAUUUUAAUGGCACGCCACUGCGUCUACACUACCCAAUUGGUGUGCUCUAUGACCUGCUACAUCCGGACGAAGACAGCACGCCCUGGUGCCUGACCAUACACUUUUCCAAAUUUCCCGAGGAAACGCUUGUCAAGCUCAAUUCAAAAGAGCUGCUGGAAUCACACUACAUGUCAUGUCUUAAGGAGGCAGACGUACUUAAGCAUCGUGGCCUAGUAAUUUCAGCAAUGCAAAAAAAGGAUCACAAUCAGCUUUGGCUGGGCCUCGUCAAUGACAAAUUUGACCAAUUCUGGGCGGUCAAUAGGAGGCUAAUGGAGCCAUACGGCGAUCAAGAGUCAUUCAAGCAUAUUCCCCUGCGCUUAUAUGCGGACGAUGACUUCACCUACACGCAGAAAUUGAUUUCUCCGAUCACGGAAAGCGGACAAAAGAAGAGCUUGGCCGACCUGAUGGCCGAAUUAUCGACACCUGUGCUGAAAGCGGUUGGAUGCCGAACUCAUGGGAUCGAUCUUCACGAGGAAACCCAGCUUCAAUGGCUGUCCGAACAUUUAAGUUAUCCGGACAACUUUCUGCAUUUAUCGGUUGACUACAAAACUUUGUAGCCAUUUUCCCAAAAAGUUGUACAUAUAAACAUAAGUAUAUUCUAUUUCCCAGACAUUGUGUGCUUGAGUGUGUGUGUGCCGAUUUAUGUGCGAAUGUGUCUUCAAUGAAUUUGAUUCCAGCCAAUCCCAGGUUUAUAUAUUUAUAUACGUACAUGUACGCUAUGAUACACAUGUAGUUAAGUUAAAAUAAUUAUAAUGAUUGUCUGUAUUUUAUAAUUAUAGUAUUUUGAAUUCAAUAGUACUACAAUUGUCCUUAAAUAAUUGGGUUUGAUUCAACGCCAAAAAUAUUAUUUUACAUUGUUUAUCAUUCAAAACACAAUCUCCUUUUCGUUUUCUUCACGACUAUUUUAUGACAUAAGAAAAAAAUAAAGGAUAAAUCAUUUUUUAUA